AUGAGUAUUAGCAGAGACAUGAUUACCAUCAACAUCAUCAUCAACAUCAUCAUCAACAUCAUCAUCAACAUCGUCAUCAACAUCAUCAUCAGUAAUCACAUCGAUAAGAUCCUUAGAAUCUGCUAUAGCUUGCUCUUCAGUAUCGCUAAUACUAUCCGAUUCAACAUCCUCAGAUCUCUCAUCCUUCUCCUCCCUUAA